GGAAACUAUGAUGAAACUCCUGGCCAGAGCAAAGCCGGCAAAUCUGGCGCUUCCUCUCCUCCCCCCUCCCUGUUGUCAGGAGGGCGUGUGGUGCCCGGGAGGGGCUGCCGAGCCCCUGGCGCCCAUAUCCGCGUGUGUGUCACAGCCAGGGAGUGAGCGGGCAUGCCCCCCCCAGGCCUGAGCGGGGGUGGAGCUGCUGUCACUCGCCAGUGCGCGGCUGCUCGGUCUGAGCCAGGCCGGGAGGGAGGCGCGCUUCUCCGGCUGCCUCUGCCGAGAGGGCUGUUCCUGGCUGUGUGCUGCCCGUGCCCCGCGCCGUGCCCGCCAUGGUGGCAGGGAUGCUGAUGCCGCUGGAGCGGCUGCAGGCCAUCUACGAGCUGCUCUUCCGCGAGGGCGUGAUGGUGGCCAAGAAGGACAAGCGGCCGCAGAGCUUCCACCCGCAGCUGCCCGGCGUCACCAACCUGCAGGUGAUGCGGGCCAUGGGCUCGCUCCGGUCGCGAGGCCUGGUGCGCGAGACCUUCGCCUGGCGCCACUGCUACUGGUACCUGACUAACGAGGGCAUCUGCCACCUGCGCCAGUACCUGCACCUGCCACCUGAGAUCGUGCCCGCCUCCCUGCAGCGCAUUCGCUGCCCCGUGGCCAUGGCCAUGCGGCGCCCCGCUGCGGGCCCCCGGGUGCAGACGGUGCUGGGCCUGACCAGCUGCCCUCCCAAACGCCAGGCGGGCAGCGACUCGCGCCAGGCGUACCGCAGGAGAGAGGAGACCCAGGAGCAGCACGUGGAGGCUGCCUCAGCAGGGGGAGUGUCCAGGCCGGCCCCGGAACCCAGCCCUGCCCCAGAUGAGCGAGACCGGGUCCAGAAGAAAACCUUCACCAAAUGGGUCAACAAGCACCUCAUCAAGGCUCAGCGCCAUGUCAGCGACCUGUACGAGGACCUGCGGGAUGGCCACAACCUCAUCUCGCUGCUGGAGGUGCUCUCAGGGGACACGCUGCCCCGCGAGAAGGGGCGAAUGCGCUUCCAUAAGCUGCAGAAUGUGCAGAUUGCCCUGGAUUACCUGAAACACCGGCAGGUGAAGUUGGUGAACAUCCGUAAUGAUGACAUCGCCGACGGCAACCCCAAGCUCACGCUGGGCCUCAUCUGGACCAUCAUCCUCCACUUCCAGAUCUCGGACAUCCAGGUGAGUGGGCAGUCCGAGGACAUGACGGCCAAGGAGAAGCUGCUGCUGUGGUCACAGCGCAUGGUGGAGGGCUACCAGGGCCUGCGCUGCGACAACUUCACCACCAGCUGGCGGGACGGGCGUCUCUUCAACGCCAUCAUCCACCAUCACAAGCCCAUGCUCAUCGACAUGAACAAGGUGUAUCGCCAGACCAACCUGGAGAACCUGGACCAGGCCUUCACCGUGGCCGAGCGGGACUUGGGGGUGACGCGCCUGCUGGACCCUGAAGAUGUGGACGUGCCCCAGCCGGACGAGAAGUCCAUCAUCACCUAUGUCUCAUCGCUGUACGACGUUAUGCCCCGCGUGCCCGACGUGUCGGUCGGCCUCAAGGCCAAUGAGCUGCAGCUGCGGUGGCAGGAGUACCGUGAGGUGGUGACGGCGCUGCUACAGUGGAUUCGCAGUCACACUGUCAUCUUCGAGGAGCGCAAGGUGCCGGCCAGCUACGAGGAGAUUGAGCUCCUGUGGCGCCAGUUCCUGAAGUUCAAGGAAACCGAGCUCCCAGCCAAGGAGGCCGACAAGAACCGCUCCAAGGUCAUUUACCAGUCGCUGGAGGGCACGGUGCAGGCCGGGCAGCUGCAAGUGUCCCCCGGCUACCACCCCCUGGACGUGGAGAAGGAGUGGGGCAAGCUGCACGUCGCCAUUCUGGAGCGCGAGAAGCUGCUUCGUGCUGAGUUUGAGAGGCUGGAGCAGCUGCAGCGCAUCGUCAGCAAGCUGCAGAUGGAGUCGGGGGUGUGCGAGGAGCAGCUGAACCAGGCCGACACCCUGCUGCAGUCGGACGUCCGGCUGCUGAAUGCUGGGAAGCAGCCGCAGAAGGCGGCCGAGAUCGAGCGGGACCUGGACAAGGCGGAUGCCAUGAUCCGCCUGCUCUUCAAUGAUGUGCAGGCCCUGAAGGACGGGCGCCACCCGCAGGGCGAGCAGAUGUACCGCAGGGUGUACCGCCUGCACGAACGCCUGGUCGCCAUCCGCACCGAGUACAACCUGCGCUUGAAGUCGGGCUCCCUGCAGCCUACCCAGGUGGCCCUGCCCCUUGGCCAGCGGCCCCGGCAGGAGCUGGAUGACGUCACACUGCGCUACCUGCAGGACCUGCUGGCCUGGGUGGAGGAGAACCAGAGGCGGCUCAACAGUGCCGAGUGGGGCGUGGACCUGCCCACAGUGGAGUCGCAGCUGGGCAGCCACCGGGGCCUGCACCAGUCCAUCGACGAGUUCCGGGCCAAGAUCGAGCGGGCGCGGGCUGACGAGGUGAGGCGGGAGGAGGCGCUAGGCAGGACAGGGUGCUAUCCCGCGCCCCCGCCCCACGCCCAUGUAUGCCCCCAGAACGCCUCCAAGGCACGGCUGCGGCACCUGGAGAGCCUGCAGGCCUUCGUGAGCGCCGCCACCCGGGAGCUGAUGUGGCUGAACGAGAAGGAAGAGGAGGAGGUGAACUAUGACUGGAGCGAUCGAAACCCCAACAUGACGGCCAAGAAGGAGAACUACUCGGGGCUGAUGCGGGAGCUGGAGCUGCGGGAGCGCAAGAUAAAGGAGAUCCAGACCACAGGGGACAGGCUGCUGCACGAGGAGCACCCGGGCAGGCAGACCGUGGAGGCCUUCCAGGCGGCUCUGCAGACCCAGUGGAGCUGGAUGCUCCAGUUGUGCUGCUGCAUCGAGGCCCAUCUGAAGGAGAACACGGCCUACUUCCAGUUCUUCUCAGACGUGAAGGAGGCAGAGGAGUUCCUGAGAAAGACUCAGGAGAGCAUGAAGAAGAAAUACUCGUGCGACCGCACCAUCACCGUGACACGCCUCGAGGACCUGCUACAAGACGCCCUUGUAAGUGACGCCCUCCCCGGCUGCUGGGUGCCCUCACGAGAGUCAAUCCCUAUUCCCGUCCCGCCACAGAGGCAGAAGCUCCAUGGGUCCCCCACGGUCUUGUGGUGCUGUUGGGGGCUGGGCCCCGAGUGCCAGGGAGCCCUGCCCUCCAACCAGCCAUGCAGGCUGAGCUCACUGGUUCUCGCUCUCCCCAGGCUGGACGUCAGCCACCAGCACGUGGUGACACUGUGGCACCAGCUGCACGUGGAUAUGAAGAGCCUCCUGGCCUGGCAGUACCUGGUCCGGGACAUCCAGCAGAUCCAGUCCUGGUCCGUGCUCAUGUUCCGGAUGCUGCAGCCUGAGGAUUACCGGCAGACGCUGCGCAGCCUGGAGACCCAUUUCCAGGAGUUCAUGCGUGACAGUCAGGACUCACAGAGCUUCCUGCCGGACGACCGGCUGCAGAUGGAGCGCGAGUACAGGGCCUGCACCCAGAAAUACGAGCACCUGCUGCACAGCCUGGAGAAAGGGGAGCAGGAUGAGUCCAUGUGCAAGAGCUACAUUUCCCAGCUGAAGGACAUCCAGCUGCAGCUGGAGGGCUGCGAGUCCCGCACUGUCCACAAGAUUCGGGCGCCCCUCGACAAGGACCCGGUCAAGGAGUGUGCCCAGCGCAUCAGUGAGCAGCAGCAAAUCCAUGUGGAGCUGGAGGGCAUCCGGAGGAGCCUGGAGAAGGUGAGCGAGAAGACGGAGAAGGUGCUGGCCCAGCCGGAGCACUCGAGCUCGGCCCCUGUCCUGCGCUCGGAGCUGGAGAUCACUCUUCAGAAGAUGGACCAGGUGUACAGCCUCUCCACUAUCUACCUGGAGAAGUUGAAGACCAUCAACCUGGUGAUCCGCAGCACGCAGGGGGCAGAGGAGCUGGUCCAGAGGUACGAGGAGCAGCUGAAGGAGGUGCAGGCUGUGCCCUCCGACCUCAAGGAACUAGAGGCUAACAAGGCAGAGCUGAAGAGGCUGCGUGGGCAGGUGGAAGGGCACCAGCCCCUCUUCAGCACCCUGCAGUCAGAUCUGGACAAGGCCAAGGACGUCAAUGAGCGGAUGGUGAGAGGCCACAGCGAGCGGGAUGUGGACCUGGACCGGUACCGGGAGCGGAUCCAGCAGCUCCUGGAGCGCUGGCAGGCCGUGCUGACCCAGAUCGACCUGCGCCAGCGCGAGCUGCAGCAGCUGGGCCGUCAGCAGCGCUACUACCACGAGAGCUACGAAUGGCUCAUCCGUUGGAUCCAGGAUGCGAAGCAAAGGCAGGAGCAGAUCCAAUCGGUGCCCGUCACGGACAGCAAGAGUGUGCGGGAGCAGCUCCUGCAGGAGAAGAAACUCUUGGAGGAGUGCGACCGGAACCGGGAGAAGGUGGACGAGUGCCAGAGAUAUGCCAAGCAGUACAUCGAUGCCAUCAAGGAUUAUGAGCUGCAGUUGGUGACGUACAAAGCCCAGGUGGAACCCGUGGCUUCCCCAGCCAAGAAACCCAAAGUGCAGUCUGCGUCUGACAGCGUGAUCCAGGAGUAUGUGGACCUGCGGACGCAGUACAGCGAGCUGACCACUCUCACCAGCCAGUACAUUAAGUUCAUCAGCGAGACCCUGCGGCGACUGGAGGAGGAGGAGAAAGCCGUGGAGAAGCUGAAGGAGCAGGAGAGGAAGCGGCUGGCGGAGGUGGAGGCCCAGCUGGAGAAGCAGAAGCAGCUGGCUGAGGCGCAUGCCAAAGCCAAAGCGCAGGCUGAGAAGGAGGCGCUGGAGCUGCAGCGCCGCAUGCACGAGGAGGUCUCCAAGAGGGAGGUGGUGGCUGUGGACGCCGAACAGCAGAAGCAGAACAUCCAGCAGGAACUGAUGCAGCUGAAGCAGAAUUCGGACACCCAGAUCAAAUCCAAGGACAAGCUGAUCGAGGAGGUGGAGUACAGCCGCAGGAAGGUGGAGGAGGAGAUCCACAUCAUCCGCCUGCAGCUCGAGACCUCUGAGAAGCAGAAGUCCAGUGCGGAGACUGAACUGCGGGAGCUGCGGGCCCGGGCGGAGGAGGCUGAGCGGCAGAAGAAGCUGGCCCAGGAGGAGGCCGAGCGCCUGCGCAAGCAAGUGAAGGAAGAGACGCAGAAGAAGCGAGAGGCAGAGGAAGAGCUGAAUCGCAAGGUACAGGCAGAGAAGAAUGCGGCCCGGGAGAAACAGAAGGCCAUGGAGGACCUGGAGAAGCUGCGCAUGCAGGCGGAGGAGGCAGAGAGGAGGAUGAAACAGGCUGAGCUGGAGAAGGAGCGGCAGAUCCAAGUGGCUCAGGAAAUGGCGCAGAAGAGCGCAGAGACCGAGCUGCAGAGCAAGCGCCUGUCCUUCGCAGAGAAGACAGCCCAGCUGGAGAUGUCCCUGAAGCAGGAGCACAUCACAGUCACUCAUCUGCAGGAGGAGGCAGAGCGCCUGAAGAAGAAGCAGCUGGAGGCAGAGAAAUCCAGGGAGGAGGCAGAGAAGGAGCUGGAGAAAUGGCGGCAGAAGGCGAACGAGGCCCUGCGCCUCCGGCUGCAGGCAGAGGAGGUGGCUCACAAGAAGACCCUGGCUCAGGAGGAAGCUGAGAAGCAGAAGGAGGAUGCAGAGAGGGAGGCCAGGAAGAGGGCGAAGAUGGAGGAGUCAGCCCUGCGGCAGAAGGAGCUGGCUGAGGAGGAGCUGGAGAAGCAGAGGAAGCUGGCAGAGGGCACCGCCCAGCAGAAGUUCUCGGCUGAGCAAGAGCUGAUCCGACUGAAGGCGGAGAUGGAGAACCGGGAGCAGCAACGCCUGCUGCUGGAAGAGGAGCUCUUCCGCCUGAAGAAUGAGAUCAGUGAGGCCAUUCAUAAGAGGAAGGAGGUGGAGGAGGAGCUGGCCAAGCUGCGUGCUGAGAUGGAGAUCCUUUUGCAGAACAAGGCCAAGGCCGAGGAGGAUUCCCGUUCCACCAGCGAGAAGUCCAAGCAGAAACUGGAAGCCGAGGCCAGCAAGCUACGGGAGCUGGCUGAGGAGGCGGCUCGGCUGCGUGCCCUGUCAGAGGAGGCCAAGCGGCAGCGGCAACUGGCCGAGGAGGAGGCGGCCCGACAGCGAGCCGAGGCAGAGAGGAUCCUGAAGGAGAAACUGGCCGCCAUCAGUGAGGCCUCCCGGCAGAAGACAGAAGCAGAGAUCGCCCUGAAAGAGAAGGAGGCAGAGAAUGAGCGGCUGAGGCGGCUGGCGGAGGACGAGGCCUACCAGCGCAAGCUGCUGGAAGAGCAGGCAGCCCAGCACAAGCACGACAUUGAGGAGAAGAUCACCCUGCUGAAGAAGUCCUCCGACACCGAGCUAGAGCGGCAGAAGAGCAUCGUGGAUGAUACACUGAAGCAGCGGCGCAUCAUCGAGGAGGAGAUCCGCAUCCUCAAGAUCAACUUUGAAAAGGCAUCAGCGGGCAAGACAGACCUGGAGCUGGAGCUGAGCAAGCUCAAGAGCAGUGCGGAGGAGAUUCAGCGCAGUAAGGAGAAGGCCGAGCAGGAGGCUGAGAAGCAGCGGCAGCUGGCCCUGGAGGAGGAGAACCGCCGCAGGGAGGCUGAGGAGAAGGUGAAGAAGAUCUUGGCUGCGGAGCAGGAAGCUGCCCGGCAGCGCAAGGUGGCCCUGGACGAGGUGGAGCGCCUGAAAGCCAAGGUGGAGGAGGCCAAGAGGCAGAAGGAGCUGGCGGAAAAGGAGUCAGAAAGGCAGAUCCAGCUGGCCCAGGAAGCAGCUCAGAAGAGAAUUCAGGCCGAGGAGAAGGCCCACCUGGCUGCUGUGCAGCAGAAGGAGCAGGAGCUGCUGCAGACGAGGCGCCAGGAACAGAACAUCCUGGACAAGCUGAGAGAAGAGGCCGAGAAGGCAAAGAAAGCGGCAGAGGAGGCAGAGUUUGCACGUGUCAAGGCUGAGCAGGAUGCAACCCUGUCCCGUCAGCAGGUGGAGGAGGCAGAGCGCCUGAAGCAGCGAGCUGAGGAGGAGGCUCAGGCCAAAGCCAGAGCCCAGGAGGAUGCUGAGAAGCUCAGGAAGGAGGCUGAGCUGGAGGCGGCUAAGCGGGCCCAAGCUGAGCAGGCGGCUCUGAAGCAAAAGCAGCUGGCUGACGCCGACAUGGAAAAGCACAAGAAGUUUGCAGAGCAGACGCUGAGGCAGAAGGCCCAGGUGGAGCAGGAGCUGACCAAGGUCAAGCUGCAGCUGGAGGAGACGGACCACCAAAAGUGUAUCCUGGACGAGGAGCUGCAGCGGCUGAAGGAGGAGGUGAUGGACGCCAUGAGGCAGAAGGCCCAGGUGGAGGAAGAGCUCUUCAAGGUGAAGAUCCAGAUGGAAGAGCUGAUCAAACUGAAGACCCGGAUCGAGGAGGAGAACAAGGUGCUGAUCCUGAAGGACAAGGACAACACCCAGAAGUUCCUGGUGGAGGAGGCUGAGAAGAUGAAGCUCGUGGCGGAGGAGGCUGCUCGCCUGAGUGUGGAGGCACAGGAGGCUGCCCGCAUGCGGAAGCUGGCAGAGGACGACCUGGCGCAGCAGCGGGCACUGGCUGAGAAGAUGCUGAAGGAGAAGAUGCAGGCAGUGCAGGAGGCCACGCGGCUGAAGGCGGAGGCAGAGAUGCUGCAGAGGCAGAAGGACCUAGCUCAGGAGCACGCCAAGAAGCUCCAGGAGGACAAAGAGCAGAUGCAGCAGCGCCUGACUGAGGAGACUGAGGGCUUCCAGAAACUCCUGGAGGCUGAGCGCAAGCGGCAGCUGGAGAUCAUGGCCGAGGCCGAGCGCCUCAAGCUGCACGUGACGGAGAUGAGCAUGGCCCAGGCCAAGGCAGAGGAGGACGCGAAGCGGUUCAAGAAGCAGGCGGAGGAGAUCAGUGAGAAGCUGCACAAGAUGGAGCUGACCACCCAAGAGAAGAUGACGCUGGUCCACACGCUGGAGAUCCAGAGGCAGCAGAGUGACAGGGACGCGGAGAAUCUGAAGAGAGCGAUCGCUGAGCUGGAGAGGGAGAAGGAGAAGCUGAAGCGGGAGGCAGAGCUGCUGCAGCAGAGAUCAGAAGAGAUACAGACGGCUCAGCAGGAGCAGCUCCGUCAAGAGACACAGAUACUCCAGCAGAGCUUCUUAACGGAGAAGGAUAGCCUGCUUCAGAAAGAGAGGUUCAUUGAGGAAGAGAAAGCUAAGCUGGAGAAACUCUUCAAAGAUGAGAUGAACAAAGCUGAGAACCUGAAGGCAGAGCAGGAGCGGCAGCAGAAGCAGAUGGAGCAGGAGAAACAGCAGCUGAAGGCCACCUUGGACGAUGCAAAGAAGCAGCAGAAAGAGGCGGAGAAAAAUGUCCAGCGUAAGCAGGAGGAGCUGCAGCAGCUGGAAAAGCAGCGGCAGCAGCAAGAGAAACUCCUUGCAGAGGAAAACCAGAAGCUAAGGGAGAAACUGGAACAGCUACAAGAGGAGCAUAGGGCUGCGCUGGCCCAGACUCGAGAGAUCAUGAUCCAAACAGAUGACAUUCCCGAAGAUGCAGUGAUUUUGCCUACCCAGCUGACUCCGACCAAAGCGGUGCCCAAUGGCAGAGACGCCAUGGAUGGCCUGGCUCAGAACGGGGAGCCAGAGUUUGCAUUUGAUGGCAUCCGGCAGAAGGUGUCUGCGGAGAAGCUGGUUGAGGCUGGCAUCCUGGGCAAAGAGAUCUUAGACAAGUUGGUGAAAGGGACGGUGACUGUGACUGAGGUUGCGCAGCGGGAUGACCUCAGGAAAUACUUGCAGGGCCGGAGCAGCAUCGCCGGCUUGCUCAUUAAACCCACCAAUGAGAAGAUGAGCAUCUACAAGGCCAUGAAGAAACAACUGCUGAGCCCAGGCACGGCACUCAUCCUCCUGGAAGCACAAGCUGCCUCUGGCUUCAUCAUUGACCCAGUGAGAAGCAAGAAGCUCUCUGUAAACGAGGCUGUGAAAGAAGGAGUAAUUGGACCAGAGCUGCACAAUAAAAUGCUGUCUGCCGAGAGGGCGGUGACUGGGUACAGAGACCCCUACACUGGAGACAAGAUCUCCCUCUUCCAGGCCAUGACAAAGGACCUCAUUGUCCAAGACCACGGCAUCCGCCUGCUGGAGGCCCAAAUCGCCACCGGCGGCAUCAUCGACCCCGUGAACAGCCACCGCCUGCCCGUGGAAGCGGCUUACAAGCGGGGCUACUUCGAUGAAGAGAUGAACCAGACCCUGUCAGACCCCACAGAUGACACCAAGGGCUUCUUCGACCCCAACACGCAGGAGAACCUGACCUACCUGCAGCUGAUGGAGAGAUGCGUGACUGACCCUGAGACUGGACUUCUCCUCUUGCCACUCACCGACAGAGCAGCCAAAGGAGGAGACCUGGCCUACACGGAUCAAGAGGCCAAAGAUGUUUUCAAGAAGGCCACGGUGUCUGCCCCCUUCGGCACAUUCAAAGGAAAGACGGUGACCAUCUGGGAGAUCAUCAACUCGGAAUACUUUACCGAGGAGCAGAGGCGAGACCUGCUCCGGCAGUACAAGACUGGCAAGAUCACCGUGGAGAAGAUCAUCAAGAUCGUCAUCACCGUAAUGGAAGAGAGUGAGAAGAAGAGCCAGCUGUGCUUUGAAGGGCUCCGCGCGGCUGUCCCUGCCGCCGAGCUGCUGGAGAGCAAAAUCAUUGACAAAGAACUCUAUAACCAGCUGCACCAGGGCAAGAAGUCUGUGACGGACGUGGCUGAUGCAGACGCCAUAAAGAGGUAUCUGAAGGGCACCGACACCAUUGCUGGCGUCCUGGUGGAGUCGACUGGGCAGAAGUUCGCGCUCUAUGACGCCCUGAAGAAAAACCUGCUGAAGCCAGAGGCUGCCCUGCCACUGCUGGAAGCCCAGGCAGGCACGGGGUACAUCAUCGAUCCCGUUCGGAACGAGAAGCUCUCGGUGGACGAGGCAGUGAGAGCUGGGAUUGUCGGGCCAGAGUUCCAUGAGAAGCUGCUGUCUGCAGAGAAGGCUGUGACUGGCUACAAAGACCCGUACACUGGACAGACUGUCUCCCUGUUCCAGGCACUAAGGAAAGGCCUGAUCCCCAGCGAUGCCGGGCUCCGCCUGCUGGACGUCCAGCUGGCCACUGGUGGCAUAGUGGACCCUGUGAACAGCCACCAUCUGCCGCUCGAGGUUGCCUGUAAGCGGGGCUACUUCGACGAGGAGACAAACAAGGCCCUGUCCACUCCCAGUGACGACACCAAGGCCUUCUACGACCCCAACACUCAGGAGAACCUCACCUAUGCCCAGCUGCAGAAGAGAUGCCGACCGGACAAGCAGACCGGCCUCUACCUGCUGCCCCUCUCAGACCAGGCCAUCCGGUCACAGCAGGAGGAGGUCUACACUGACAGCCAGGCGAAGGAGUCCUUGGACAAGGCGACCCUGGAGGUGCCAGCUGGCAGCCUGAAGGGCAGGACAGUGACGAUCUGGGAGCUGAUCCACUCUGAGUAUUUCACCGAGGAGCAAAGGAGGGAGCUGCUGCGACAGUACAAGACUGGCAAGGUCACCAUUGAGAAGAUCAUCAAGAUAAUGAUCACCAUCAUUGAGGAAAUGGAGACCAAGAAGCAGGAGAAGCUGAUGUUCAGCGGCCUCCGAGCACCUGUGCCUGCUAGCGAGCUGCUGGAGUCUAGGGUCCUUAGCAAAGCCCAGUACGAGCAGCUCAAGGAAGGUAAGAAGUCGGUGAAAGACCUCUCUGAGACGGACUCUGUGAAGAGGUUCCUGCGGGGCAGCGACUGCAUCGCUGGCAUCUACAUGGAAGACACGAAGGAGAAACUGAACCUCUACGAGGCCAUGAAGAGAAACCUGCUGAGGCCAAGCACCGCUGUCACCCUGAUGGAAGCUCAAGCAGCCAGUGGGUUCAUGGUCGACCCCGAAAGGAACCAAAAACUGUGUGUCAACGAUGCUGUGAAAGCUGGUCUCGUUGGGCCGGAGCUCCAUGAGAAGCUGCUCUCCGCAGAGAAGGCCGUCACUGGGUACAAGGACCCCUACUCUGGGAACACCAUCUCCCUCUUUGAAGCCAUGAAGAAGGGGCUGAUCCUCAAGGAGCACGGCAUCCGCCUGCUGGAGGCCCAGGUGGCCACCGGCGGCAUCAUCGACCCCGUGCACAGUCACCGCCUCCCUGUGGAGGUGGCGUACAAGCGGGGCUAUUUCGACCACGAGAUGAACCGGAUCCUCUCUGACCCCAGCGACGACACCAAGGGCUUCUUCGACCCCAACACGCAGGAGAACCUCACCUACCUGCAGCUAAAGGAGAGGUGCAUAGAGGACCCCGAGACCGGCCUGUACCUCCUGCCCCUGAAGCAGCCGGAGAAGUCCACCAUGGUGGAGACGACCCACGUGUACACGGAGGCAGAGACCCGGAAAGCAUUUGAGGAAACGCAGGUCAGCAUCCCCGUGGGCAGCAUGGCCGGUUCCUCCAUGUCCCUGUGGGAGAUCAUGCAGUCAGACCUCAUCCCUGAGGAGCAGCGGAAGCGACUGAUGGAGGAGUUCCGCUCCGGCCAGGUGACCAAGGAGCGCAUGAUCAUCAUCAUCAUUGAGAUCAUCGAGAAGACAGAGAUCAUCCGGCAGCAGGACCUAACCUCCUACGACUUUGUCCGGCGCCGGAUCACUGCCGACGACCUCUAUGAGGCCAGGAUCAUCUCCCUGGAGAUAUAUAACCUGCUGAAGCAAGGCUCCAGGACCAUCCAAGAGAUCCUGGAGAUGGAGACCAUCUGGAAAUACCUGUAUGGAACUGGCUGCAUAGCUGGCAUCUACAUCCCCUCCACCAAGCAAAAGCUCAGUGUCUAUCAGGCCCUGAAGAAAGGGCUGAUCAGCUCUGAGGUAGCCCGCUCCCUGCUGGAGGCCCAGGCUGCCACUGGCUUCAUGAUUGACCCCAUAAAGAAUGAGAUGCUGACAGUAGACGAAGCUGUCAGGAAAGGAGUGGUGGGGCCAGAAAUCCACGACCGGCUGCUGUCCGCAGAGAGAGCUGUGACUGGCUACAGGGACCCGUACAGUGAGCAGAAGAUCUCGCUCUUCCAGGCCAUGAAGAAGGAUCUGAUCCCCGCCGAGGAAGCCCUCCGGCUGCUGGAUGCUCAGCUAGCCACUGGUGGCAUCAUCGACCCGUUCCUGGGGUUCCACUUGCCCUUGGAGGUUGCCUAUCAGCGUGGCUUCUUCAGCAAGGAGACUUGCGACAGGCUGUCGGAGCCCAGCGAGGUCCGGAGCUACAUGGACCCCUCCACGGAUGAGAAGCUCAGCUACCUGCAGCUCCUCAAGCGGUGCCGGAAGGAUGAGAACAACGGCCAGCUGUUGCUGCCCCUGUGUGACACCAGGAAGCUGACCUUCCGGGGCCUGAGGAAGCAGAUCAGCGUGGAGGAGCUGGUGCGCUCCCAGGUCAUGGAUGAAGCGACAGCCCAGCGCCUCCAAGAGGGCUUAACUUCCAUCGAAGAAGUCUCCAAAAACCUGCAGAAGUUCCUGGAGGGCACCAGCUGCAUCGCUGGUGUCUUCGUGGACUCCACCAAGGAACGGCUCUCUGUGUACCAAGCCAUGAAGAAAGGCAUCAUCCGGCCUGGCACAGCUUUUGAGCUGCUGGAGGCCCAGGCAGCCACUGGGUACGUGAUCGACCCCAUCAAGGGCCUCAAGCUGACAGUGGAGGAGGCGGUGCGGAUGGGCAUAGUGGGCCCAGAGUUCAAGGACAAGCUCCUUUCAGCGGAGAGGGCGGUGACCGGUUACAAAGAUCCCUACUCGGGCAAACUGAUCUCCCUCUUCCAGGCCAUGAAGAAGGGCCUGAUCCUGAAAGAUCAUGGGAUCCGUUUGCUAGAGGCCCAGAUCGCAACAGGAGGCAUUAUCGAUCCAGAGGAAAGCCAUCGCCUGCCCGUGGAGAUGGCUUACAAGCGGGGCCUGUUCGAUGAGGAAAUGAACGAGAUCCUCCUGGACCCCAGUGACGACACCAAGGGCUUCUUUGAUCCCAACACCGAGGAGAACCUGACCUACCUGCAGCUCAUGGAGCGGUGCAUCACCGACCCGGAGACCGGGCUGUGCCUGCUCCCUCUGAAGGAGAAGAAGCGGGAGAGAAAAACCUCGUCCAAGUCAUCUGUCCGCAAGCGCAGAGUGGUGAUCGUCGACCCAGAGACAGGGAAGGAGAUGUCAGUUUAUGAAGCCUACCGCAAAGGACUCAUUGACCACCAGACUUACCUGGAGCUCUCCGAGCAAGAGUGUGAGUGGGAAGAGAUCACCAUCUCCUCCUCGGACGGCGUGGUCAAGUCCAUGAUCAUCGACAGGAGGUCCGGGCGACAGUACGACAUUGACGACGCGAUUGCAAAGGGCCUGAUUGAUCAGUCUGCCCUGGACCAGUAUCGCUCUGGCACCCUGUCCAUCACUGAGUUCGCAGACAUGCUCUCUGGAAAUGUGAGUGGCUUCCGAUCGAGAUCUUCUUCUGUUGGGUCCUCUUCCUCCUACCCCGUAAGCCCAGCCCCUGCGAGAGCUCAGCUGACAUCCUGGAGUGACCCUGCUGAAGAGAGCGGUCCGAUUGCCGGGAUCCUGGACACGGACACUCUGGAGAAAGUGUCCAUCACGGAGGCCAUGCACCGCAAUCUCGUAGACAACAUCACUGGACAGAGGCUGCUGGAGUCCCAGGCCUGCACUGGAGGCAUCAUCGACCUCAGUACUGGGGAGAAAUUCUCUGUUGCUGAUGCAGUCAACAAGGGCCUGGUUGACAAAAUCAUGGUGGACAGGAUCAACCUCGCUCAGAAGGCCUUCUAUGGCUUUGAGGAUCCGAGAACCAAGAUGAAAAUGUCCGCCGCCCAAGCCUUGAAGAAGGGCUGGCUGUACUAUGAAGCCGGGCAGCGGUUCCUGGAGGUACAAUACCUGACGGGUGGGCUGAUUGAGCCUGACGUGCCAGGCCGGGUCUCGCUCGAUGACGCACUGCAGAAAGGCACAGUCGACACGCGCACAGCCCAAAAGCUGCGGGACGUGAACACCUACUCCAAGUAUCUCACCUGCCCCAAAACAAAACUGAAGAUCUCCUACAAGGAUGCAAUGGACAGAAGCAUGGUAGAGGAGGGAACAGGCCUGCGCCUGCUGGAAGCUUCCUCCCAGUCCAGCAAAGGAUACUACAGCCCCUACAACGUCAGUGGCUCUGGCUCCACCUCUGGCUCUAGAUCGGGCUCCCGAACAGGAUCUAGAUCAGGCUCCAGGCGAGGGAGCAUUGAUGCCACUGGCUCCGGCUUCUCCAUGACCUUCUCUUCCUCAUCCUACUCUUCCUCCAGCUAUGGACGCAGAUACACAUCAGGUCCCCAAAGCGACGUGGAUGCUGCUGAACUCACACUCGCCUUGUCCAGCCUCAACGGGAGCUGUGGAUGGGAAGCAAACAGGAAGCUUCCCAAAGUGCAGAGGCCUCAGCUGACAGUGGCAUAAAGUCCCCUCCCUGCCUGACCCAGCCCCCCCCCCUUUAUCCUGCUCUGCAUGUGGUAAAGCUACUGGCUAAUCAUCCGAUUAUUAUUUUUAAACCCCAAUGUUCUUCCAAAGCAGUGCCUAAAGUUUAACCAAAAAGACAAGACUAAUAUAUAUUAAUAUAUAUGAUUGUUGGGAGAGUAUUUGUAUAUUUAGCGAUGAGAGAGAGAACACACCCCUCCAGCUCAGUAACCCAGGAGCUUGCUUCGGUUCGUACCAUCUGCAGAGUAGCCAAAAGCAGCCACCAUCGAGCCGCUCCCACAGCCCGGCGGAACCUGCUGACAGUUUUGAGCCUAACCAGCUAGUGACUUUUUUAUUAACUCUGCCAGCUUCAUGCCAUGCCACCCCCAGAGGAGGAGAGGAUACUGUCCCCAGCUCCUAGACCUGCUGCCCUCCCCUCUUCCCAUGAAAAGAGACUGUGACCGUGGACUGACCACACCGUCCCUCUGCACACCAGCUCUGGAGCCGUUGCCCGGAUCCUUUCUGCUGCCCUUUGGCAGGGCGGAGGAGGAGGCUGCUGUCUGCUACCUGCCUCCUCCCAAGCACUGCUUAGCCUGCCUCCCAGAACCUCCCCACAGCCGCUGUGGACUCAGCACUCAGACUACAUCUUUUUCCAGUCCCACCAAAGAAGUCCCCCUGCCACUGGGAGAAUUCCUUAGCUGGGUCUCUGAUGUUAGCAAGUCCUGGAUCAG